ACGUUGCUUGUGCCCGAGGAUACAUAUCCCCGAAUGAUUGGGAUCAGAUACGCCACCAUUGUCCUCCUCGUCGUCGCCGAGCGGUUGCGCGCGAUUGACCACAAGGUCAGCACAUGACCGGGAGGGCUCUUUUCUGGACUGUCACCCCUCUCUCCGUGUCUCUGUCUCCGUGUGUGUCUUCUCGUGUCAGAUCUACAAGGAAUGCCUUGAUCGUCGCGUCCCUGUGCUCGUUGUGCGCAGCAAGAUGGACAACGCCGUCGAGAACGCCAUUGACGACGCUGAGGACGAAGGCCAGGAGCCUCCCACCGCUGAGCAGACGUACGAGGCCGCCCGCGCCAAUGUGAUCUCCAAGGCCGCAAACCCACCAGCAGAGUCUGGCGUGCCAUCAAUCCAAAUCCCCCCGGAGCGCAUCUAUCUCACGAGCCGCAAGUACGUCAAGGAGAUCCACGACGUCGCCGACUUCCGCGUCAGGGACUUCUACCGGCUCUUCCAGGACAUCUCCGCUGCCGUGGCCAAUGACGUGUCGCGGGAUGCCCGCAGGUCAGCAGGGCAGAGCAGAGCAGGGCAGAGCAGAGCAGGGCAGAGCACCGCCAGAUGGAUGAUGUAUGUGCUCUGUCUGUCUGUCUGUUUCUCGCAGAAUGGUCGCCUAGACGGACCGACCAAGACACACCACACAGGCACCAAGACAGCGUGCCGUCUGUGUGCAUUGCAAAUUCAUUUGUGUAUGACUUUAUAGUGAUGCGCGUGUGUGACGUCCUGUUUGUGUGGCCCGAGUGCAAAGCACCGGCCGGCGUGCAUCGCCUGGGCGGUCCCGUGCUCGGUAGAUGAAAUGAUUCCUGAGCUUUCAUGCGCUGUCAAGUAUUUAUGAUUUAUGAUUGCCUCGUUUUUCUAUCACCUCGCUGCACGUGCGUGUGUCUGUGUGUGUGGCCCACCCCUACCUACUUACCUUGGCUGCGUCUGUGUGUCUGUGUGUGUGUGUGUGUGUCUGUGUGUGUGUCUGUGUGUCUGUGUGGCCCACCCCUACCUACCCAACUUGGCUGCAUCUGUGUGUGUGGUCUGUGUGGUCUGCCUGUGUUUUCCAUCGAAUCCUUUUUGCACACACACACACACACGGGGUGCGGAGGGUACGCGGUAGUCACUUUGUUUCUCUGUUAUUAUUCACGACACACAUACAUGCACACGAACUAACGAACGAACAAACGGACUCUCACGGUCUCUCAAUCAAGAAAACACUGCUCGCCACGAA